AUGAAGCUCCUCAACAUCGCCCUUGCUUCUUUAGGCUUAGCGUCUGCGGCCACCGUCAACACAAAGAAGGUCAACUACGAUGACUGGAAGGUGUACCGCGUCAAUGUCGGUGCCAACGCUGCCAAAAUCGGCGAUGUCAUGAGCAAGCUCUCACUUGACUUGUGGAAGGGCAAGCCAGCAUCCAGCGAUGUGGUCGACGUUAUGGUCCCACCUUCGGCAGUCAAGGACUUUGAAGCGUCGACAAAGGAUAUUGAGGGUAAAACCAAGGUCAUGCACGACAACCUUGGCCGUUCUAUCGCGGAUGAGCAAACUGUCAGCAUCUAUGCCGCCGGUGCAGCACCAAGUGCCUCUUGGUUCAACGCGUACCACUCUAUUGCCGACCAUAUGCAAUGGAUCACAGAUCUUGCCGCGGCGUACCCAAAAAAUGCUGAAGUAGUUUCCGCUGGCAAGUCAGUCGAGGGUCGCGACAUCAAAGGAAUCCACAUCUGGGGCAGCGGCGGCAAGGGAUCCAAGCGGGCUGUAGUCUGGCACGGCACAGUCCACGCACGAGAAUGGAUCACAACAAUGGUCGUCGAAUACGCUGCGUACCAGCUGCUCACAUCCACCGACUCCACCACGGCCGGAUUCAAGAACUCGUACGACUUUUACAUCUUCCCCAUCGUGAACCCAGAUGGCUUCGCCUACACCCAGUCAGCCGACCGUCUGUGGCGCAAGAACCGUCAGACCACUCCCUCGGCGUCUUGCGUAGGCCGCGACAUCAACCGCAACUGGCCAUCCCACUGGGACCUACCCCAAGGCGCUUCGACCUCCCCCUGCGCUCAAGAUUACAAGGGCCCAUCUGCAGGCGACGGUGUAGAGACUAAGCUGCUCAAGGCCCAACUAGACAGCCUAGCCGCUGGCCGCGGAAUCGCGCUGUACAUGGACAUCCACGCCUACAGCCAGCUUUGGAUGUACCCAUACGGAUACACAUGCUCUGGUGUCGUCCCCAACUCCUCGAAGUAUGCUUCCCUCACCAAGGGCGCCAUUGCCGCUGUCAAGGCUGUGCACGGAACUACAUUCACAGGUGGCCCUAUCUGCAACACGAUUUACCAGGUCAGCGGCGACUCUGUGGACUACGCCUUCGAGGUUGCCAAGGCAAACUACUCCAUGACCGUGGAGCUAAGGGACACCGGCAACUACGGAUUCGUCCUGCCCGCUGCGCAGAUCUUGCCCAGUGGUGAGGAGAUGUGGGCUGGUUUGAAGUACUUGUUGGCGAACAUGUAG